AUGGCCACCGCUCCGAAACCUCCAGAUCCCCGUUCCUCUCCUUCGAAGCCUCCGAACCCUCGCCCCUCUUCCACCACCAAACCUGGCCUUUCCUGGGCUAAAGUUGUUGGCACUCCCUCUUCAGCCUCCUUUGAAAACCCUCCUCAUCUCCAAAAAUCUCACUUCGACCGUCUGAAAAACUCGAUUAAAACCUGCAUCUCUCUUGACCGUGAGCAAUGGAACUCCGCCCGAAACAUGAUGCAUUCUGCCCUCUACGCCAAGUUUUUGGGCAAAUCUCUUCCUCUUGACCAGGCUAAGCUUGCCAUGGCUAAUGCCUGGAAGGGACUUGGCGAGUUCUCAGUUUCUGACCUUCCGAAUGGAUUCUACUUUAUUAACUGCGAGUCUCUUGAUAUGCAGGCUAAGCUUCUCUGGGAAGGCCCUUGGACCAUUGAUGGUCGUAUCCUGCAAAUCUCUGAAUGGAAGGAGUCUUUCCAGCCGGCGUUUGAGAAGCUCUCGACGGCGGCAGUGUGGAUUCAGCUCCACCAUCUUCGUAUUGAACUCUGGCUUGGGGACAUUCUGGAGUGCAUUGCUUCCCAGUUUGGGAGGGUCCUCAAGAUUGAUGAGCACACUCUAAACCUUUCACGUUCUAAAUUUGCUCGUAUCUGUGUGGAAAUUGAUCUUGAUCUCCCUCUCCAGAAAGGGACUUGGGUUAAAUAUGGUGACAAUUCGGUUUUUAUCAUUGCACUCUAUGAAAAAAACUCCGGUUUUUUUGUUUUCAGUUUGUGGGACGGGUGGGUCAUGGCGAAUCAAUUGUACCUUCAUUAG